AUGGCCUCGUACUGCGACGGCUCCGGGGUCUGCCCCGGCGCGCACAGCCAGGCCCGGGCCGCCGCGCCCCCGGCGCCCUACGCGCGCGGGGACCUGGGCGCCCCCGGCGCGGCGCAGCGCCUGUGGCUGGACGCGCCCGCUCUGGGCCCCGCGCCCUGCGCGCCCUGCCCGGGGGCGCCGGCCCUCGCCGGCCCUGGCUACGCGGCCCCCGGCGCGCUCCUCGGCGCCCCGGGCGGCCUGGCGGGCGCCGACCUGGCGUGGCUGAGCCUGUCGGGCCCGCAGGAGCUGCUGCGCCUGGUGCGGCCGCCCUACUCGUACUCGGCGCUCAUCGCCAUGGCCAUCCAGAGCGCGCCGCGGCGCAGGCUGACGCUCAGCCAGAUCUACCAGUACGUGGCCGGCAACUUCCCCUUCUACAAGCGCAGCAAGGCCGGCUGGCAGAACUCCAUCCGCCACAACCUGUCGCUCAACGACUGCUUCAAGAAGGUGCCCCGCGAGGAGGACGACCCAGGUAAAGGCAACUACUGGACCCUAGACCCCAACUGCGAGAAGAUGUUCGACAACGGGAAUUUCCGACGGAAGAGGAAGAGGAGAGGAGAGGUGGGCGCCGCUGGGUCGGGAGCGCGCAGCCCCGGGGGAGCCAGGGCGCCCGAGCUGCAGCCCCUGGGCGCCCCCUCCCCGGACCCGCGGGCCCCGCCGUCCCCGCCCGACGCCGCCUGCUUCUCCAGCUUCGCCUCGGCCAUGGGGGCCCUGGCUGGCGGCCUCGGCAGCUUCCCCGCCGGCCUGGCCGGAGACUUCUCCUUCGGGAGACCCGCGGCCCCCGGCCCCGCACCCGGCCUCGGCGCCGGCCCGCAGGCAGCGGCCGCCGGCUUCCGCCUGGGCCCCUUGGUCUACAGUCGGGAGGGGACCGAAGUCUGAGCGGACGCGGGGAUGGCCCAGUGUCGUCCGGAGGACCUGAGCUGCAGCCCGGUUCCCGCCCGCGUGGCGCCCGCGGAGUCGGGGCCGGGCCGGGGCCGCGCGGGGAGCGCAGACGGGCGGGGCGCGCACCUGUCGUGCCUCCCUCCCCCAGGGGACCCUUCCGAGGAGCCCUGCUCCAGCUGUUGGGCCUCCAGCCUGUGCUCUGACCCGGAGCCGCGCCGUCCAGGGGUGACAGGCUGGCACCCUGCCCCCGCUUUGUCGAGGGGAGCCUGGCCCACCCCAAGAGACUUCUAGGUACUUGUGGGAGGGCAGCCGGGGUGCUACCUGUGGCCCGUUUCCUCCUCCAGGCCAGCCUGGGCCACCUGGAGGCUCUGGGUCUUCCCUGGGUGCUCCAGGGAGGUGGGGAGUGGGGGUGAACGGCAGCCCCGAGGGGCGGAUGGCUUCUCUUCACCCUGACCAGAGUGUGGCCCAGGGGGUUCUGGGACUACUGGGACUGGGCCAGGUGUAAGAGGGACUUCCUAGUGGUGGUGAGGAGGGCGGAGGGCUGCCAGAGGCCAGGGGGCAGCAGCUCCUUUCCUUGUCCUCCCCUGGCCCUUACUAACCUCCUCCUAGGACCAGGAGCCUCAGGUGGCCACGGCAGCAGUGCCUACCACCCACACUCACAGGAUGGGUUCGGCUUUGCUCCCUACCCAACUCACACACCCCACUCACUCUUGCUCCUCACCCCGCCCCCACCCCUAGUUUGGGCCCCUGCUGCCCCCGCAUGCAGAGGGAAGCAGCAGCCUCCAGGUACAUGUAAGCCUCUCUCCUCGUUUGUAUCUACCCAGAAGGUCCUCUUUGGACCCCAUGGCCAUUGGGAGGGAAAGGGUGGCCCUGGUACCAGACUUAGGCUGUCUCGUAGUCUCUGGUCACCUAGGGGCACCAGUCAUUUCAGAGAGCCUCCUGGUGCUGCAGGUGCUCCGUGUGCUCACCCACCUUCCCCGCACCCGGGGACCCGGGAGACGCACCUUCCCUGAGGGAGGACAGGGACAGAGGAGUUGGAGCAGAGCGGAUUAGGGCGCUAGCCAGAGCCCCUGCCUCCACCCCUGGUAGGUUUUCCGUGCUUGGUUCCGAAUCCCAGUGCUGCUGCUGCUGCUGCUGGAAGGGAGGGCUGCCCUGUGUCAGUUCCCCGAGUUGACCAGCAGUGGCCCUGAUGAACACUAGUGUGUGUGUGUGUGUGUGUGUGUGUGUGUGUGUGUGUGUGUGAGAGAGAGAGAGAGAGAGAGAGAGAUGGAUGGGAGAGAAGGAGGGAGGGAGAGACAGAAGAGGUUGGAGGUUGGAGACCAGGAUAGGACAACCAAGAGUUGGGUGAAUUUGGAUCCUGGGGCGUGUGUCACUGAGCCUUCCUGGUGGCAGCCACAAACUCACUAACUCCUCAGCAUCGCAAGGCAUCUUGCUGCUGGCCAGGCAGCCCGAGGAAGGCAGCGUGCUGGUUCUGUUUGCGAUACCAUGUUGCCCAGCCAGACUUACAGGCAACGUCAAAUCUCUCUUGGAGAAACACUGCCCAAGUGUAAGAUAAUGCAAGAAGGCCAAAAAAGAGAAAGAAAACCCUUCCCUUAUAAAUCGAAGAAUUUUAUCUCAAGCCUGUUUUAAUAAACUAUGAUGUUAAAAAGAAACAUCAAUACCUGGAGCUUGAAUGUACAUGCUGUUUUAUAUAUGAGAAGAGUUCCAGCAGUGUUCUUCAACGUCCCCACCGGAGACUCCGAGUUUGCAGGAAACUUAGAAAGAAAGAAUUAAAAAAAAAAAAAAAAAAGUUUGACAACAUUGGGAAAAUACAAUGUACAAUCUGACAAUCAAUGGAGCUUUCAGAAAAUUGAUAAAUGUGUAUAUAAACGUCGUUAUAUUAUACCUCAGUACGUGAUGGCUAGAAAUUGGUGCAAAGCUGGUCAUUUUCCUUCCAACAGUGGUUUCCUGUUAAAAAUGAGAAAAAAAAACAAAACUUUUCAAAAAUAUUUAUCAGUUUUUGGUUUGUUUCACUAAAAAUCAGUUUUGGGUCUUUAAAAACUGUUCAUCUGUUCAAGCUUUAUAAGCUUAAUAUGUAAUUGUGUAAUCAAACAGAGGGAAUCUUCCUGACAAAUGCAUAAUUAAAAAUAAUUCUAGCCGGGUGGGGCGUUUAGAAAUCAGAGUCCAUCUCUCCUCCGUGACGGUCCAUGUGUCUGGAUG